AAAAAACUCUCUGAACAACUUCAAUAGCAAUUUCCUGUAAGGUUUUCAGUGUUUGCUUACUUUCUAACGUUGGCAUACCAAUUCAUACAUAUAUAUAAUAUAUAUUCAUAAAAUUUCAAGUUUUUUUCUAAAAACAACAAAAUUUAUUGUUAGUGUUUUAGUGUAAAGUCUGACUAAUUUUUCCUUAAAAUAUGUCUUUGAUCCUUUGUCUGGUCCUAGCCAUUCUGGCUAUUCUCGUGGGCUUUGUCUUUGGGAAGCUAAGGCGAAUGCUGCUGGCCAUAAACAUGAGAGAAAGAAACCGUUUGGCUUCGAUACCCGUUGCUCCGCUACUCGUUUAUCCUGAGGCCUAUGAACCCUUGGAGGAAUCAUGCUGGCUCAAGGACAUUCGUUCUCACCUCCGUUAUGUGGCACAAUAUGGUCACUUACCGCCGGCUGUGGAUGAGGACACUAUGCCGGAGGAGAUGGAAAUGCUGGAGGAACUCUUUCAAACAGGUCAAAUACCCAAUUUAAAUGCAUCGUAGUUUUCCUCCGACAUAGGACCCGUUCGAGACUAGAAUUGCUCAGAUGGUGAGGAAGGAAGAAGGAACCUUCCCUAUCCAUCAUAAUCAUAAAUUUCUUGGCCUGUAUUAAAUCGAAAGCGUAAUAAUCAUUUCGUGGAUUUUCCCCGCCCCCCUAAUA